AUGAUACAUUCAGCAAAAAUUAUUUGGAAAGUUACCGAUGAUAAACAAAAACUUCGAUAUGAAAUUGGUAUAUUCAAAAAAUGGUUGUCUGAUAAAUCUUCAUCUACCUGUUGUGCUUUUCAAGAUUUAGCAUUAACAAAGAUCAACACUAUAUUGAUUAAUCUUCUUUUUGACAAACAAUGCUUAUCAACAAUACAUGUAACAAUGAAUAAAAUGAAAUCAACUCAUACAUUCAUAAAUGAUUUAGCAAUACGAACGAUAUCUGUUGCUGAAGAAAUAGCUCAAACCUACCUUCAAAAAGCAAUCGAUGAGAAAACAAAAAUAUUAAACAAUGGGAAAAAAUUUAAGAAACUACCCACAGUUGAUACAAUUAUUACGGCUAUUGAAAAUCGUCAAACUAAUAUGGUUCAUCGUGCUCAAUAUAAUAUCGCACGAAUAUUACAUAUUAUCGAAAUGAAAUAA